ACUUGUACAACUUAUGUCGUGCGCGUUUCGUCUUUGCAAAAGUACUCGGUGGCUAGGUUAGCCAGCUAGCAUUAGCAUCACAUUCCAGGCAUGUAUGUGGUGCAAGUACACUGUAGAGCGAGUUUAACUAUUGAAUAGUAAUUAAAGUGAAGGAGCUAACAGAUAUACGUGACGUUAUCUCAAAUCACACCCUGUUUUGGAGGAAAGGGAACUCAAACCUACGCAUUAAAUCAAGGGUGUAACAUCAGGUUACUAGUGAAGAUGAAUGUUUUCAUGCACAUGUCACUGGAGUGAGAAAGCUCUCGCCCUCUUGGGAUUGCUCGUUCUGUUUUCCACUGCAUCAUCAUAUCUUGACGUGAGCACAACGCAGCUAUUAAUCAAUCACCAGCACGAGUAAUUUGGCUCUCAUGGGAGCACAUGAAGACUCUGUGCUGCUGCAGACAUUGACAAGCCCGGCUGUUCUUCCACAAGAACAUGGAGAAGAUGUCACGUGUUACCACAGCCCACAGCAGCAGUGCCAUCAGUGGCCGGACUAUGUUCUGCCACUUGGACGCUCCUGCCAACGCCAUCAGCGUGUGCCGGGACGCCACGCAGGUGGUGGUAGCGGGCCGCAACAUCUUCAAGAUCUACGCUCUGGAGGAAGACCAGUUUGUGGAGAAGCUGAAUCUACGAGUCGGCCGCAAACCAUCUCUCAACUUUAGCUGUGCGGAUGUCAUGUGGCACCAGAUGGAGGAGAACCUGCUUGCUACUGCUGCCACCAAUGGGGCAGUGGUCACCUGGAACCUGGGGAAACCCUCUCGUAACAAGCAGGACCAGCUCUUUACUGAGCACAAACGCACUGUCAACAAGGUGUGCUUCCAUCCCACAGAGGUUUACAUGCUGCUAAGUGGCUCACAGGACGGCUUCAUGAAGUGCUUUGACCUGCGCAAGAAGGAGUCGGUCAGCACUUUCUCAGGUCAGUCAGAGAGUGUAAGGGAUGUCCAGUUCAGCAUGAAGGAUUAUUUCACAUUUGCUGCAACCUUUGAGAAUGGCAACGUCCAGGUUUGGGACAUCAGGCGACCAGACCGCUAUGAGCGAAUGUUCACCGCCCAUACUGGCCCUGUGUUCUGCUGCGACUGGCACCCUGAUGACAGGGGAUGGCUGGCGACAGGGGGCAGGGACAAGAUGGUGAAAGUGUGGGACAUGACCACAACCCGGGCAAAGGAGAUCUAUUGUGUCCAGACAAUCGCCUCAGUGGCGCGGGUUAAGUGGCGGCCUGAAAAGAAGUUUCAUUUAGCCACCUGUUCCAUGAUGGUUGAUCACAACAUCUACGUCUGGGAUGUCCGCAGACCUUUCAUUCCCUUCGCCACAUUUGAGGAACACAAGGAUGUAACAACUGGUAUUGUGUGGCGCCACCAGCAUGACCCUCAUUUCCUGCUCUCUGGCUCUAAGGACAGCACACUCUACCAACACAUGUUCAAGGACGCCACUCGUCCCGUGGACAAGGCAAACCCCGAGGGUCUGUGCUUUGGACUGUUCGGUGACUUGGCCUUUGCAGCCAAGGAGAGUCUGAUUAGCAGCGACGCCAAUAGAAAGCCUUACCCUGGAGGCGACCGACGCUACCCCAUCUUUUUCUUCAAGAAGCCCGACCCGACAGAGCAGUUUGCCCACGUGUCCAGCGCCCUUAGUGUCUUUGAGACAGACUUGGACAGUAACCGCAUGGACUGGUUUGUCAAGACUGCACAACUCUACCUCCUCUGUGGGAAGCCCUUUGCUGAGCUGUGUGAUCACAAUGCCAAGGUGGCCCGGGAGCUCAAAAGACCUCAGGUUUCCACAACAUGGACCAUGUUGAGAAUUAUGUUCUCAGAUCCAGCAAACCCCACAACUCCCGGUCUAAGCCACAACCUCAGUAAACUUGGCACCUUGCCUUUAAUGAACAGUUUCAACAUGAAGGAAAUGAGCUCAGGGAUGGGCACAGAGAGCAGACUGGAGCGCAGUAAAGGUGAGAGCAGGCAGGACAACAUUCACCUGGAGCCGGGGAACCUGCACAUCAGCAAUAAUAAUGAAGAAAACGAGGAGACGGAGGGCAGCGAGGGCCAGGCUGAGUAUAUGUUCGGGGAUGCUGAGUUAGAUGACGACGACCUCUACUCUAUGGAGCACGACAACCAAACAGAAGAGCAGGAGUGCACGCUACCCCAGGAGGCCUUCCAACUGCGCCAUGAGAUCAUGGAUAACCCGUCUGCUCCAGAGCACCUUCAACAGGACAAGGCCGACUCCCCGCACGUCAGCGGCAACGAGGCAGAGGUCACUUGUCUGACACCCAUCGAGUCCUUCUCCCUUAUCUCCAUUUCACAACCCCUGUUUAGCCCACAUUUACCCUCCAGCUUCUUCUGUCCAAUUGUGCGGGAGAUGCUGAGCUACUACGCCGAGCAGGGCGAUGUGCAGAUGGCCGUGUCCGUGCUUAUCGUCUUGGGGGACAGGAUCCGCAAAGAGAUUGAUGACCUCACACAGGAGCACUGGUACAUGUCCUACAUAGACCUGCUACAGCGAUUUGAGUUGUGGAACGUGUCUAAUGAGGUCAUCAAACUGAGUACGUGCAGCGCCAUCACCUGCCUGAACCAGGCGUCUACAACACUUCACAUCAACUGCAGCAACUGUAAGCGGCCAAUGAGCAACAGGGGCUGGAUUUGUGACAGGUGCCACCAGUGUGCCAGUGUAUGUGCAGUGUGCCACCAUGUGGUUAAGGGACUGUUUGUGUGGUGUCAGGGCUGCAGCCACGGUGGACAUCUGGAGCACAUCAUGAACUGGCUCAAGAGCAGCGCCCACUGUCCCGCCGGCUGCGGCCACCUGUGCGAGUACACCUGAGCCCAUCAGGACCACUGUUCACACAGCCGGUGCUCUAUGGGAUCGGGGAUCAGUCCUCACACCGGCCUGGAGUCGCGUGCGUGCGUGCGUGCGUGCGUGCGUGCGUGCGUGCGUGCGUGCGUGCGUGCGUGCGUGCGUGCGUACGUGAAGUGAGUUUAGUCAAAGGUCUGAUCGACUGAGUCUAAAGGAGGAAGAUCUUUGUAUGCGCUCUCCUGGACAGCCAUUCAAGAGCAAACACAUUCAUAUUUGAAUUGAUGAUUAUGAGCCAAUGGUGGAUUUGCAUAUAAGAAGAUGUUACAACAGAUAUUCACAGAAUAUAACAAUUUAUUUGUUAAUUCACACUUGCUGCAUCUUACAUUGUUUUUAAACCUGUCAGUAAAAUCCUGAAGGCUGUACAGAAAGAAUUGUCUGUUCAUCCUAAGUGGAUUGUUUAUGUUUGUACAUAAUGGUAUAUCUUAUUUUGAAGGACUGUAGAUAAUGUUGAAUUAAUUUAUAUGACAAAUAGCUCUAUUCAGACAAUACAUUAAAGCAAUACACUUGAAGUA